UGUAUAAUAAAUAAUAUGUUAGCUACUUACCUAGCUCAUUCCGUCAUUCGGCUGCGUUCGUUGUGCCUAUGGCUGUGCACUGUGCAGGGUCCAGCUCCAGCCCCAAUUUUUGUCGAAAUUCUGCAAUCUUCGUGAGCACGUAUCAAAUAUAGCAAGAUGCUAAUGUAUCAGUUCUUUUGGUUUGGUGAUGAAAUUGAGGAUUUUAUAUUCAAAGGUGUCAACAUCUCAGGAUGGAAAGGUAUGCUUAUUACAUGUAUAGCAACAGCUCUAUUGGCCUUUCUAUUUUUCACAGUAACGUUUUGUAAAGAAAUGUUCCAUUCCAGCAUUGAUGCCCAACAUCAAGGCCAAGCAUUUGUGAGAGAUGCACAAAUUUUGCAAAUUUGGACAUCUUCAUGGAAAAUGCAUGUCUUUCAAUCCAUUGCAAGCUUCAUUCAAAUCACUUUGGGCUACUUUGUUAUGUUGAUAGUUAUGAGUUUCAAUGUUUACUUGAUGAUGGCAGUUAUUAUAGGAAGUACAUCUGGGUUUUUUUUAUUAAACCCAUUGCUUCUGAAGAAACGUAGCAUCUUGAAUCCCCCACACAUACUUGUUAAGUGUCAAGCAGAAGAAUGUGGUUCAUUAAUUGAUGGAGAGCAAGUCGAGACCCAAAGAGUUGGAAAUUCCAUAGACAACAGUAAAGCAAGUAAUCAACUUAUUGUUUCAGCCAGUAUUAAACCCAGUUGAAUUUCAUUAACAUAUCAAGUUAAUUCAAUUGAAUAUAAGUAACAUUUAUUCCUGUGUAAGCAAUACAAUCAAUAUGGUUAUAAUGUACCAUGGCUAGA